AUGAUUACUAUUGAUAUCUAUGACGAGGUUAAUCGCCUUUCUGACAUUAAUGAUGUUGAGAAACUCACCGAGAAAGAAGUAGCCGAUUUAUUUACGUAUUUCAACAAUAUUGACAAAUUACCUGGUGUGGAAAAAGCGCUUAUUAAAAGCAAAAAUGAUAAAGUUAAGCUUACAUACCUGAGAAAUUUGUUAACUUCCGAAUUUCCCAAUAAGCGAAUGAAAGUUGAUGAUGGAGACCUAUUGAACUUUUGGAAGGCUUUAAGAACUACUACAAUUGGUGAAAAGGAUAACUCCCUCAAAUUGCCUGAUAAUAUCCAUUUUUUUGGGAGAACUGACGAAGCUUCAGUCUUAUUUAUUCGUCAAUAUUAUCGUGACCUGUUCAAGGUUGUUUUUAGCAAUAAUACGAGAAGAUUGAUUAUCACUAGAAAUCCAGGGAUAGGAAAAACGUUUUUUGGUUACUAUAUACUUUAUGAGCUCAUGCGAAAAAACGCAACAGUUAUAUACGACAAAGUUAAUAAGUUUCCGAUUUUAUUCAGCAAUCGAACUGCUGUUGUUGGUGAAACUCUAUUCAGUUUUUAUGAUCUUCUAAAUAAACAAGACGUCUGGUAUAUCGUAGACGGUAAAGAACCUCAUGACGUUGAUGCUAAGACAAUUCUUGUCUGUUCUCCCAAGAAAAAUUAUUAUGUAGAAUUUGAUAAGCAUCCUUUAACAAAAACACGGUAUAUGUCGACGUGGGACAAAAGAGAGAUUGAUACAUGCUGGGAAAAGAUUUAUAAAAACAAAGUCGAUAAAAAAAUUGUUGAUGAUUUAUUUUAUAAAUAG